CUCCAUCUUCACAGAGACACAGACUCAUCUCUAUCACUCUCUCUCCUCUCAUUCCCUUCUCUCGAUUUAGGGCAAAACCCUCCAAACUCGCACACGUUUGACUCACCACACAAGCUUAGACGAUCUCCUGUUUCCUUCGCCGAUCCGCCUCUCAGCCCCGAAGUUGGAAGCUUUUUGAUAGUCUUGUUGUUGUUCUUGCUUCAACGCAAGGAAGCGCUGCUCCUUACCAAGGAAUGAUUUUUCACAUGACCUGUUGACAUAUAUCCAAUGUCGGGUCUACUUAAUUCUUCUCUGAAUGGUUCAGCCUCAAAUAUUCCUGAUAGCAGUGGGAGGCCUUUCACUACAUCGUUCUCUGGCCAGUCUGGUGCAGGAUCUCCUGUGUUUCAUCACUCUGGGACUUCACAACCUCCAUGGGAGCUUUAAUGUCCCCAACAUGCCGGGCACUCUAUCAUCAAGAAACUCUACAAUGAACAAUGUGCCAUCUGGUGCUGUUCAACAACCCACAGGUAGCCUUUCUAGUGGACGGUUUGCUUCAAAUAAUCUUCCGGUGGCCCUAUCGCAGUUAUCUCAUGCAACUUCACAGGGACAUUCUGGAGUAACCAAUAGAGGAGGUAUAAGUGUUGUAGGAAACCCUGGAUAUAGUAGUAACACAAAUGGAGUUGGUGGUUCUAUUCCUGGGAUUCUCCCUACAUCUGCUGCCAUUGGUAACCGGAAUGCUGUUCCAGGAUUGGGAGUGUCCCCAAUUUUGGGAAAUGCAGGUCCUAGGAUUACAAGUUCGAUGGGUAACAUGGUUGGAGGGGGCAACAUUGGGCGGAGCAUAAACCCGGGCGGAGGAUUAUCCGUACCCGGGCUUGCGUCUCGUUUAAACUUAAGUGCAAAUAGUGGAUCUGGAAGUUUAAGUGUGCAGGGACAAAAUCGACUCAUGGGCGGUGUUCUACCACAAGGAUCUCCUCAAGUGAUGUCCAUGUUAGGAAACUCCUAUCCUAGUGGCGGCGGACCACUUUCGCAAAAUCAUGUCCAAGCAGUUAACAACCUAAGCUCUAUGGGAAUGUUGGGUGAUGUAAACUCCAAUGACAGCUCGCCUUUUGACAUAAACAAUGAUUUCCCUCAAUUGACAAGUCGACCCAACUCUGCAGGGGGGCCUCAAGGACAACUGGGUUCUCUGCGAAAGCAAGGUCUUGGAGUAAGUCCCAUCGUUCAGCAAAACCAAGAGUUUAGCAUACAGAAUGAAGAUUUCCCAGCAUUACCUGGAUUUAAAGGUGGAAAUGCCGAUUAUGGGAUGGAUAUGCACCAGAAAGAACAAUUGCAUGACAGCACAAUGUCAAUGAUGCAGUCUCAGCACUUUUCCAUGGGGAGAUCCUCUGGGUUCAAUAUAGGGGGGACAUACUCUUCAUAUCGUCCACAGCAACAGCAGCAACAUGCCCCAGCUGUCAGUAGCGGUGGUGUCUCCUUCCCGUCUGUGAACAAUCAAGAUCUUCUUCAUGGUUCAGAUAUAUUUCCAUCUUCACAUUCAAACUAUCACUCACAGAACAAUGGCCCACCUGGAAUUGGGUUGAAACCUCUAAGUUCUGGGAAUUCAGUAUCUGGUAUCGGAUCAUACGAUCUUAUGCAGCAGUAUCAUAAUCACCAAAGCCAGUCGCAGUUUAGACUGCAGCAAAUGUCCGCAGUGAAUCAGUCCUUCAGGGAUCAAGGAAUGAAAUCCAUGCAAACACAGCCAGUUGCUGAAAAGUUUGGAUUACUUGGGUUGUUAAGUGUUAUACGGAUGAGUAAUCCUGAUCUGACGUCUUUGGCACUUGGAAUUGACUUGACGACUCUGGGAUUGAAUCUCAAUUCAGCAGAAAAUCUUCACAAAACAUUUGGCUCUCCAUGGUCUGAUGAGCCAGCCAAGGGUGAUCCUGAGUUCAGCGUGCCUCAAUGUUAUCAUGCCAAACAACCACCUGUUUUACAUCAAGGAUACUUUUCAAAGUUCACGGUCGAAACGUUGUUUUACAUAUUCUACAGCAUGCCGAAAGAUGAAGCUCAACUAUAUGCUGCCAAUGAACUGUAAGAAAACAAUUGCAUCAUUUCAACUUCCCUUUUCGCAUUCUUACUUGAGUUCCGUUGUCUGUCGCUGUACUGUACUUCUGUUUGGGCAUUGCCGUAUUGGUACUUAUCAGUGCAUUUUUAUUCAUGCAAUUCCGGAUGGUUAUUGUGAUGGUUGGACCUGAUAUUAGUCCGACACAUCCUGCAUUCCUCUAUUUGUAGCGUCAGAGGAAAUUCAUUAAUUGCAUAAAAACAGCAUACUAAAUCAGGUCUGUGGUGGUUACAUUCUCAGAUCGUGAUAAAUUUUCUUUAUAUUUGGCAGGUAUAACAGAGGCUGGAUCUAUCACAAAGAGCAACGGUUAUGGUUAAUAAGAGUACCGAACGUCGAGCCACUGGUUAAGACGCCCACCUACGAGAGGGGCUCUUAUCACUGUUUUGACCCCAACACAUUUGAAAUAAUCCGCAAGGAUAAUUUUGUAUUGAAUUACGACUCAGUGGAGAAGAGACCAGGUCUGCCUCAACACUAACAGCAGGUCAUUUCUUUUCUAGUUGUAGAUUGUAAAGCUCAGUCAGUCAUGGGUCUCCAGCUUGACAUUCAUUAGGAGGCACGGCAGUGGUCGGCUUCAGUUUUAAUGUUGCUUGAAUUUGGCAGUAACUUGUACUUUGUCAAUCUUUGCUCUUAGUAGCUCAAUCAGCUCAGUUAGUUGCGGUAAAUAUUUCCGAUGACAUUUUAAUCCAUUUUGAUGAUAAGAACGCUUGAUCCCUUGAGCCUCAUUGUCAUAAAAUCGUGGCACGCGCUGUCGACGUUGCUAGAGAACUACUGGAUUAGGCAGGCUAUCAUUGGUGGUUCCUCGAUCCAUCGCUGUUGACGGUAGGACGUACUAUCCCCAAUGGACAAUGGUCAGAUGCUUGUUGUGGCAAGUAGUUUCCAUCAAGAUGCCACCCUGCUUCUAAGAUAAGUAGGACAGGUAUGGAUUCCGUAGGCUGGAUGGAGUUGCGUUUUGCCUUAUGCUUUCGUACAUAGGCACGGUGUUAAUAAUAGCCUGUGUGCUCUUCGUCCUGAUUGUAGUGAUUAAUGCCUCGCUGCAAACCAGUUCCUAAAAAU